CCUUGCAAUCCCGAAAGGAAGCCCUUUACUUCCUUGUCCAUUUGCUGAUUGGUUAUAGGAGCACGUAGGGGCGCGCGCGCGGAACUUGGUCCCUCGCGCUGUCUGUAGAGUGAGUGGGGUCGACUGAGCAUUCUGUUUUGAGGCGAGAGGGGGGCAGACGCCAUUCUCGAGAAUGACGUUCAAGCGGAGCCGAGACCGUUUUUAUAGCACCCGCUGUUGCGGAUGCUGCCAUGUCCGCACUGGUACUAUCAUCCUCGGCGCCGGGUAUAUGGUGGUGAAUCUGUUGAUGGGCAUUUUGCUGACAGUUGAAGUUACUCACCCUAAUACUGUGCCAACAGUAGAUAUCCAAUAUGAAGUAAUGGGUAACUAUUACCCCUCUGAGAGGGUGGCUGAAAAUGCAUGUGUUCUCUUUGCCAUCUCGCUCCUCAUGUUCACAAUAAGUGCUAUGAUGGUGUAUGGAGCAAUUGCUCAUCGAGUCGGAUGGCUGAUUCCAUUCUUCUGUUACCAGCUUUUUGACUUUGUUCUCAGCUGUCUGGUGGCUAUAAGUUCUCUGACAUACUUACCAAGAAUAAAAGACUACCUGGAUCAGCUACCAGAGUUUCCAUACAAGGAUGACCUUCUUGCCCUUGAUUCAAGCUGUCUCCUGUUCACUGUUCUAUUUUUCUUUACCGUGGUAAUCAUCUUCAAGGCCUAUCUAAUUAACUGUGUGUGGAACUGCUAUAAAUACAUUUGCAACAGAAACUUGCCUGAGAUUGCAGUAUACCCUGCAUUUGAAGCACCUCCACAGUAUGUCCUGCCAACUUAUGAAAUGGCAGUAAAGAUGCCAGAGAAGGAACCUCCACCUCCUUACAUACCUGCCUGAAGCAAGAGAACGUGUGGUACCAGCUUCACUACUUUAUAUUGCAAGACUGCGCAAAUAUUCAGGGCUUUAGGAGCAAAGCUAUGUGUUUGAGAGGCAUUUGAUAUAACCUUACUAAAAAUCCAUAUGGGAGUGAUUCCAUCCCCCCCCCCCCGCUGGCUUUAAUUUCUUUGGUCAUUUUAAUCCUUUUGCACAGUUAGGCCUCUGGGCUUACUUCUGCAAGUACCUCUGUAUUUGUAUAUAACUUUAUUCAUAUGAGUUUGUGAUUUCAUUUAACUUGGAUAAAUAAGGAUUAGUCUUGGAUGUAGGUGUUCACAGGAUCAGGCAUUUUACAAAUAUGGAUUAGUUUUGAAGGACAAUCUGAUCAGAUAGCAAGAUAACAGCUUGUGGUUUUUUUCUUCAUUUAUGUUGUAAUGGAAGAAGUUCAAAUGUGGUAUAUAAUUUCAUAUAUUGCACUUUCUCUUCUCUUACUUUACUGUGUUGUUCAAUGCCUUGAAACAAUAUGUUCAGGAAGUCUGAAUUGGCACUACAGUUUGAAGUUUUUCCUAUAUGCUGUGAAUGCAGAAAAAGUGCACACAGAAAUUAUAUAUGUCAGUUGCAUGCUUCUAAUCUGUACGUAUUUUCAUCUUUAUAAAAG